AAUGAGGAUGCGACCGCGAGCGAUGAAGAAUGACGGCCGGCCGCGCGUCCUCAGUCCGGUGCACUUUGUCCCACCUACAAUGUGUCAUCAUCUGGUCCGGGUGACGCGCGACAUGACCGACUUAUCUUCAAAACUUUACUGCGUAAUUGUUCUCUUCUCGUUAUGCGAGACGAGAACGUACCCUCUAGUCUCGUACACCUGCACGACCGCAAGCACGCGGACACCAACAGAUACGGAACGUUCACCGACGUCGGAAUCAGUGUCGAUCUUCGAAGAGAUGGAGAAUCGAUUGUCGAGCCUCGAAAGGAGACUACGAGCGGUCGAACAGCCGGUUUGGCAGAUCAGCUCGAGGGAAGAGGAUUGGGAGAUUUGUGCCGAGGGACCGUGCAAAUGCAUACCAGAAAUGAAAUCGGUGUCUUGUUGGAGAUACGAUCUGCUGGAUCUACCUCCGAUGCAACUGGUCCCCGCCGAUGUAUUAAAACUGGAUCUCGGGAAUAACCGGCUUAAUGCUCUACAUAGAGACACAUUUAGAAACAUGACGCGGCUGCACCAUUUAGAUCUGAGCAGCAACCUUAUCGAGCAUUUAGCAUCGAAUUUGUUCCUGCCGCUGCACGGCGUUGCAAAUGUCAGGCUUAGUAACAAUCUAUUGAAGGAGAUGCAACGAAAUCAAUUCUUUGGAUUAAGAAAUCUUCGAAUACUCGAUCUGUCAUCAAACAAACUUCGUACUUUGCCGGAAGAUCUUUUUUUGAGCAACAGACUUUUGGCUUUAUUGGAUCUUUCGUCGAAUCGCAUCUCGUCGUUAUCUCCCGAUACGUUUCGUGGUCUUGGGAAUCUCGAGGAAUUGUUGCUCGGUAAAAACCGGUUAACCGGAUUACCCGUUCCAAUUUUCCGAGAUACGAUUAAUCUCAGACGCCUCGCACUCGAAGAAAAUCGUUUGAAAGAACUGCCUAACAGUAUAUUAAAAGAUCUAACUUCUCUCAAAGAGUUAGACAUGAGAGAUAAUCGAUUGACAGAAAUAUCUAAGGGGUUGUUUUCGACUCUUGUACAGCUAGAACUUCUGGAAAUAUCGAGCAAUAGAAUAUCCCAUAUUGAUACAAGAGCCUUUCUCAGCAUGACAGCUCUUCGAGAACUCCGACUAGGACAUAAUCAUAUAAAACACUUGCCACCUGGAUUAUUCAAUAAUUCUAUGUCUUUGGAACGUCUUAUUCUCUAUGGCAAUCGUAUAGAAAUCUUAAUCAGAGGUGUCUUUCGCGGAUUAUCCAACGUCACAUCUCUUUUCUUGCAAUCUAAUCGAUUAAGAUUAGUGCAAUCAGGAGUUUUCGAAGAUACGCCGAGAUUGCAGAAACUACAAUUGGAGUCAAAUGACAUCUCUUUUUUGCCAGCUGGCAGUUUGGACGCCAUAUCGAUGAUUCAGCAGAUACGUCUAAGUCGAAAUCCUUGGCAUUGCGACUGCCGUGCCUCUUAUAUCGCCUCUUGGCUACGCAGAAGAUUUGCCAGAUUCGCGAAUCUAACCAAUCCGUUGCAGAUACAACAAGCUUUGAUCUUGACAGGCAAUUGGAGUAUCUGGGAAUUUGGAGCUGGUGCAACUUGUAGAGGCCCUGGUAUUCUAGGUGAUCAGUCGCUGCUGCGUUUGACCUUUCACGAGCUCUGUGAGGGUCAAUGGGCUUCUAUGAAGGGGAUCAUACCUCGGUUACCUCUCGAUGCUAUAAUGCCAUCCGUUACGCCGCGUGAAAUCAGAAAAAACACAGUUUUAACAUGAUCUUGGUAUAAAUUGAUUAAAUACUAUAUUUCUGGAGAAUUAUUUUUAUUUUACGGUGAUGCAAUAAUCUUAAUAUAAAAUGUAAACAAAUAUAAAAACUCAUUUCUAAACUUUUGCGCAAUUGACAUUACAUUUAUAGUUUUAUAUAUUAAAUAGACACAUGGCAAGAUAAUUUAAAAGUAAUUAUUAUAGAUUGAGAUUAUGGCUGGAGGAAUAAAUAUAAACAAUAAAGAGUUGAGUAUAAAAAAUAUGUUUAUUAUAACAAAACUAGAAUAAAAGAUUUCAACUAA